CGGAUCCCCUGCUCGGCUUCGACUGCCGUUCCCCGUGCUCGCGUUAUCUCCCUCCUCUCUGCCGCAGCUCGCUGAGUCCCUCUGUUUCCUCCCAUGGCGCGGGGUUCCCUGCAGGCUGCUCGCGGCACCCAUCUCCUCUGCUCGACCGCGAGCUCGCUCCCUGGUCAUGCCGCUCCCUCGCCUAAUCGUGGUCGCGCGCGCGUGUGCCUUCUCUUGGUGGUGCUCGACCCCGGCCUCAGGCAGCCACGUCCGUGGUCGUCGGGCAUGCUAGCCGUCGUGGCUCCCCUUGUGCGCUGUCCUUGCUGCUCGCUCUGCGCGCACGGUCCUCUGUCCCCUGCGCGUAGCCGGUUUCUCGGUUCGCCGUGGAGCCUGCGCGCUCGGUUCUGUCCAGUUCGUGUCCUGCUCGGCCGUCCGCGCGACACGUCAUCCAUGGCCGCUGUCCGUCGUCGAGUCCCUACGUGCGCACCAGCUCCCUGUGUCGCGUUCCAUUCACCUAAACCGGAGUUCGCCAGUCGUCCCUGCUUGUCGCUGUGCUGCUGCUUUAGUUUGAAUCUCGCCCAAGUCGCUGCCAUGGUUGUACGGUGUUUGGCCCGCGCCGAUUCGCGUUCGCUCAUAUCGCCAUCAUAGUGUUGUCGCUGGUGAUAGCUUCGCGUGCGUGUCAAACUCCUGCGUCGAGUCUUUUUCCUGCUCGCCGGUGCGCCCUCUCGGCUCGCUUGGCCUUAAUU